AUGACUGUUGAACAAGUAAAUGCUAAUCAAUUUGUAGCUGACGAUGAUGAUGAUACUUUCAACUUUAGUGUUAGAGUUGCAGCAGAAGAUUUACUAACGAUAUUAAUGGACAAAUUUCCAGAACGCACAUUAAAAAGUCUAACAGCAAUUUCACAACAUAACAUGGCUGAAUCUAAUAAAGCUCGUGCUGACGGUGAUCCUAAUUGGUGGCAAAUUCAUGAAGCAUGUUUAAAAGCAAUCGGGUUUGUUUCUAAUGAACUAAUAUCCGCAUUAAAUGAUAAAAAUUUAAAUAUUGGAAUAAAUCUUGGCAUAUUAUUUGAACAAAUAAUACAUCAAAUUUUAAAUGAGCCAGGACGUGCAUUUGUUUUUGCAAGCCAAUUUGCAUCAGUUUUACCUGGAGAGUUAACAUCAGGUUUUAUUAAAGCUGCUAUUGAAGCGAUUAAAGAUCCUGACGGUACUAUUCCUGUAAAAGUAUCCGCUUUACGUGCAUUAAAAAGUUUUUGUCGAAAUUUAAAUGAACAAUAUGUUCUACCAUUUCAAGGAACUAUUAUUGAAUGUGUAGCAAAUCUUAUUAAUGUGACAACAGAAGAUUUCCUAUUAUUAGUAUUGGAAACACUUGAAAGAGCUAUUAAAAUAAAUAGGGAUGUAAUAUUUCAAUAUGAGGGUUUGAUAGGACCAAUGGUGGUUGACGUUUGGCAAAAAUUUCCUUCAGAACAUCUUGUUAUGUCGGCGGUAAAUUCGAUUUCUGAAACUUUAUCAAUUAAUUCAACAUUUAUAGAAAGAGCUUUACCCGCCUUGGCCAAUAUAAUAAUGAAUCCUACAAUUGAUUCAUCACAUACAGAAUCUGCUAUAGAUUUAAUAACAAGUCUUAUCAGAGGAACAACAAUAUCACCUUUGCCGUUCGUAUAUAUACAACAUAUAUUUCCGCCCUUAAUUCAUUUAAUGUUAACAACAGAAGAACGUAGUAUAUUGCAGGCUGGCGAUAAACUUAAUCCUGUACUUCCUGAUUUGUUGAAAGCAGUUGCUUUAAAACUAGAUAGCGCCAAAACAACAACAUCCAUACAAGUAUUACUUCAUAAAUGGCUUGAACACCAUGAUAGUUUUACUGGUUAUUACAAUUGUAAAGUUAGCUCUGUUGCUUUAACGAAGCUUUUUAGUUGUGGUGAUCCAAGAAUAAGCGCUAUUCAGGUUAAAGGUGAUUUAAAAGAAUCCAAUGCUACUGGAAUUAAAACACGUUCAAAGUCACGUCAAAAAGAAGAGGAUGAUGGUGCUGAAUCGGAUGAUAAUGAUGAUGACUGGGAGGAUGUUGAACAACCAUCACCUUUUACACCUGCUGAAAAUUACGUGAUUUCUGAUUUUUUGGACAGAGAACAAGAGCUUGAAGAUAUAGAAAAUGAUCCAGAUAUAAAAAAUGAUGAAAUUUAUAAUCUUAAAUUAAGUGAAUAUAUUUUACAUUUCCUUCUACAUUGUAAAACACAAAAUGUCAAUAACUUUCGUCAGAUAUGUGAACAGGAUUUAAACCAAGAAGAAAGAAUUAAAUUGCAAUUGAUUGAUUGA